CGCACCUCAGGCAUCCCUGCAGACAGCCCGGCUUCUUGCGCGCCGCGGGCAUUGAAGGACCCAAGCGACUGCAGUACCUUAGGGCCCGGUGGACUAGGCGGCAGCGGGAGCGGUGGACGUUGCGACUGACUUGCACUGGUUGCUUGAGGAACGCAUUUAGCUGGCCACCCUCGCCGCACUGGCUGAUAGUUGUGCAGACGGCGCCAUGUCUGUGAGCGAGAUCUUCGUGGAGCUGCAGGGCUUUUUGGCUGCCGAGCAGGAUAUCCGGGAGGAAAUCCGGAAAGUUGUACAGAGUUUAGAACAAACAGCUCGAGAGAUUUUAACUCUACUGCAAGGGGUCCAUCAGGGUGCUGGAUUUCAGGACAUUCCAAAGAGGUGUUUGAAAGCUCGAGAACAUUUUGGUACCGUAAAAACACACCUAACAUCUUUGAAGACCAAGUUCCCUGCUGAACAGUAUUACAGAUUUCAUGAACACUGGAGGUUUGUUUUGCAGCGCUUGGUCUUCUUGGCAGCAUUUGUUGUGUACUUGGAAUCAGAAACACUAGUGACUCGAGAAGCAGUUACAGAAAUUCUUGGCAUUGAGCCAGAUCGGGAGAAAGGAUUUCAUCUGGAUGUAGAAGAUUAUCUCUCAGGAGUUCUAAUUCUUGCUAGUGAACUGUCAAGGCUGUCUGUCAACAGCGUGACUGCUGGAGACUACUCCCGGCCCCUUCACAUCUCCACCUUCAUCAAUGAGCUGGAUUCCGGUUUCCGCCUUCUCAACCUGAAAAACGACUCCCUGAGGAAGCGCUAUGACGGCUUGAAGUAUGACGUGAAGAAAGUAGAGGAGGUGGUCUAUGAUCUCUCCAUCCGGGGCUUCAAUAAGGAGACAGCAGCAGCUUGUGUGGAGAAAUAGGAGGCUCCUCCCUGACCCGGCCCUGCUGACCUCCACGGUUGCCAGGGAGGGUGAGCUCAGUGCCACUCACUGUAGUUACGAUGCCCUGUUGCUAAACACCAUGCUUUCUUUUCUUAGCCAGUUGUGUGCUGUAUGUAUCAGAAUUGAAACACUUUUUUUGGGAGUAAAAGAACAGUCUUUACAAAGACAGAUUUUUCUUUGUUGUUUCAGUGAAUUUGCUCUGUAAUUCAGUGUAUUUCGGUUCUGUCAUAAAGUGUAAAUGUCAAUCUCUUGGUAAAGUUCAUUUCUUGCUUACCCCAA